UUGCUGGGGUUUGUCAGGAAUAGCGUAUUUUGGGAUCUCCGUAAUGACGAGUGAUGACUUACGGACCCUCUGUAGAUAACCCGAAUGAGUAUUUGCAGCAGUUGCUCGCUUCCAGUUUGUUUCAUUAAAGAUUUUAAUUCAAAUAUUGAAACAGUAAAUGCCACAAGAAUAAGCUGAGGGCUCACUAACCACUGAAAAGAGACUGCUGCCUCAGCUUGCUCAUGGACGUUACGGGGUCCUUCCUGAACCCUGCCGCUGUGUUGUACCACCCGGUAGAGAAGCACUUUGCAGAUUACUAAUAAAACCAAAACCAGCCCCCCCUUUAGCAUUCAAAUAGGAGUUAUGCUUUAAACAGUCGGUUUCUCACAGUUUUAAGGACCUUGUGCAAAUCAAAGGGUGAUUUCUCUUCUUACCAGAGAGAAAUUAAAAAGGAAACGAAUAUGGCCAGCAGCAACAGACCUCCCACAGCUCGUUCUGCUUCAAGAGCAGGAAUAGGGCCGACCUCUUCAUCGAGGCCUUCGUCUUCAUCAAGGACUCCGUCAGCAGGCAGAAUAGGAACAGCGAUGCCUCCUAGUACAGCAAGACCCAGUUCUCGUGGUGGUUCUUUGACUCCUGGAGGAGUUUUAUCAUCUCAGAUUAAAGUUGCAGACCGUCCAGUGACUCAACAGGGGUUAAGUGGAAUAAAAACUGCAAUGAAAGGUCCUCAGAGACAGAUAAUGGACAAAACAUACUAUCUUGGGAUGCUGAGAAAUAAAACAAGUGAUCUUAAAACAGAAAUUAACAAGCUGCAGGAAGAAGUAGAAAUGUACAAGCAAGAGAAAUCUGUCUAUUUGUCCUAUGAAAAACGGGCAGAGGCUUUAGCUGGUGAACUGAAAGAUCUUCAAGGUCAACUAGCAGACUACAACAUGGUUGUGGAUAUACUUAAUACCAGUACAGAUAUAGCAGAAGUGAUCCAUGAUUACAAUAUGUUAAAGGUUCAGAAUGAUCGAGAAGCACAGAGUAUAGAAAAAAUUUUCACAGAAAGACAAGCCACAGAAAAGUUAUAUCAAGCUGUAGAAGAAGAUAUCAAUCAUGAAAAGGUUUUGGCAGAUGACAUAUUGAAAGAUAUGUCACAGGAAAAUCAAGCUAAAUAUAUGGAGAUGAAAGCUACUAAUGAAAAACUCUCCCAGGAAUUGAUUGUUCAACAGCAGGAAUUGGAUGCACUAAAUGUAAAGGAAGAGAGUCUAAGAGCUGAAAUAGUACAAUCUGGGAUGAAACAGAGAGCUGUGCAGUUGUAUGAGGAGAUCCAUGAGCUCAAGGAACGUCGAGAUCGAAUGAUUGCUGAGGAUAAGAAUAUGGAGUCUCCACAGGAGGAAAGAGAGAGACUUCUAAAGCAGGUUAAAGACGAUAGUCAAAAAAUUGCAAGCAUGGAAAGACAGUUGGCAGAAGUGAAAGAAAAAACAGAUUAUUUUAAAAAGGUCAUUCAACGACUUGAUAUGGAUCUGGAGAGCAAUCGAGGAGAAGAAAAUUGGAAAUACAAGGAGUUGAAGAAGAAGGAAGAAAGCAUGGACAAUUUUCUAGAGACUUUUGAAGAUGUGAAAAAUCAGGAAUUGGAACGAAAGGCACAAUUAGAAGCCAACAUUGUUGCACUCCUGGAACACUCGAGCAGGAAUCUGAAUCAUAUGAAACAAAUUUCAUCUGUUACCAAUCAAGAGCUGAAGAUCAUGCAGGAAGACCUCACUUUCAAAUCAGAUGAAAUGCAGAAAUCACAGAGCACUGCUAAGAAUCUGAUUACAGAGAGUCAAAAACUGCAGAUGGACUUACAGAAGAUGGAACUGUUGGAGGGCAAGAUGGUUGGUGAACUGGCUUCUCUUAAAGACAAGAUUGAACAGACUAAAGCAGAGUUGGAGAUCUACAAUAAUUUGCCAGCUCUAAAAGCAUCAGGAGAAGAAAAGAAAAAGAAACUCCAGGAUGACAAAGAAAAAUUAACAAAACGCAGCCAUGCUUUUAAGAAAAUAAUGGAGUGUUUGAAUACAGAAUAUGACACACUAAAGAAGGAGCUGCAAGAAAAUGAGACGCAUUCUCAGCUUACAAAUUUGGAGAGGAAGUGGCAGCACCUUGAGCAAAAUAACUUUAUGAUGAAAGAGUUCAUAGCAACAAAAAGUCAGGAGAGUGACUACCGGCCAAUAAUGAAGAAUUCAAGAAAGCUGGUCAAAGAACACAACAAAGCUCUCAUAGAAGCUUUACAGAACACCAAGAACUGAAUCCAGGCAUUUCCUUCCUGCCCAAAUGGACCAACGAGAGAUGUGCAAAGGCUGCAAGGAAAGCCGGACUGCUGAGAUCAUUCACUCAGUGACAUUCUUAAAAUUAUUUUUCCAGGUUUUUAGAAGUUGCAGGUUUUAAUAUUAUCCCUCUUUUUGCACUGUUUAAAAUUUUGAGAAAUAAAUAUCUGAAUUUUAGAAACAAAAAAGAAAUACUGUCCAAUGAGUUACUGAAGCCCAUUGCUGAAUUGCAUCUCAAAUGUGAAAUUCUAGUCCGCUUUACCCACUGAAUUUCUAAUUGCCUUGUAGGAGGACUGCUUGACAGGCUGUCAUAUGCAUUAUCUUAAAUUAAGUGUAUAAUAAGAUAUGGUAAUAUCAGCAUACCACACCUAUAUGAAUAGCAAUUUAUACCAAGUAAGGAAAGCAUCUAAGGAUGAGAAGCAUCUUUUAAAGUCAAAACUGUUUCAUAGUGUAAAAUCUUACAAUAAAAGCAAAUGCCAGCAAAUUUUCAUUUCCUACUGGAGAGUUAACUUCCUUAUUUUUUAAGAUGUAAUUAUAAAGAGCAAACUCUGUUAAAAAGUAGUGAAACAUAGCUUAGACUGAUUUUGUGUGGAGAAUUUUACUGCUAUAGUAUUCACCAGUAAAGGAAAUAGCAGAGAAAAUUAUUUGUAUUUUCUGCAAUGUUUUUUUCCCUUCAGUUUCAAGCAGCAAUGUCAUAUGGCACCUCUGACAAAAAUCCACAAGAAGGAGUUUCAACAUAGAACAAAAACAGGACUUAGAAAAUAAAAAUGCAGUUUAUGAUACAGAAAUUUUAGAAAAUGUUUAGAUUUAAAAAAAUGUCCAUUUAUGCUCAUCUCACAUUCUACAUAAUACGUAAUGUAUUUAUGAACUGCUUAUUGAUCACUUUUUUCACCUGGUAUAUUGUAAGCUAAUCCUGAUCAAGUAGAAAAAGCACAGUUACUUUUGAUAGAAAUCUUAGCUAAACAGUGAACUAGGCUUGUAGAAAGAAACUACUAAAAAGAAGUGCUAUCUGGAUUUAUAGUUGUUUUGCUUUCUUAGAAAAAUUUUCCAGAAAAGAAGGUAGACUAUGCACCUCACUUCAUGAAACUGGAGUAGAAAAAUUAUUAGGAAAUCUUCUGACUCCAUUAAAAUAGUUCUGUAUUUUUGUCACUAAUUUCCUCAAAUCUGUGAUUGUCAUUUUGAGUGUAAAGAAAUCUGUAAGCUAAAGAUAAUGAAGAUUUGUGCAGAGAGCACUGUGUUUGCUAAUUCAGCACACUAAAGGGUGUUGCUUUAUAUAUUUAGAAUAUUUAGAGAUAAUGGAACAGGAUUUCUAUAAACCAAGGAUAGUUAUCUAGGGGAA